CUGCGCAUGCGCAGCUUUUCUCUCUCCCACAGUUUGUGAAGGGCAGCGAUGACUCCGGCCUUGACCAGCUGGGAAGUGAAUACUAAUUUUGUGGAUUUCAACAUUCCUUCCGUAUUUCUAACUUCAAGAUGAUGCAUUUCCUAUUGCUGUUCAGCCGUCAGGGGAAGUUACGGCUGCAGAAAUGGUUCCUGCCCCUCCCGGAGAGAGACAGGAAGAAGAUUGUGAAGGACAUGACCACUAUGAUGUUGGCACGAAAACCACGCACAUGCAACUUCCUGCACUGGAAGGAUCUGAAGAUUGUCUAUAAGAGGUACGCCAGUCUGUAUUUCUGCUGUGCUUUGGAGAACCAGGAUAAUGAACUUCUGGCUUUAGAGAUUCUGCACCGUUAUGUGGAGCUACUCGACAAAUACUUUGGCAAUGUAUGUGAGCUGGACAUCAUCUUUAACUUUGAGAAGGCUUAUUUCAUUCUGGAUGAGUUUCUGAUGGGUGGAGAAAUUCAGGAGACGUCCAAGCUGUCUAUUGCGAAGUCUAUAGAGGCCUCCGAUAUGCUGCAAGAGACGAUGGAAGAAUACAUGAGCAAACCAGCCUUCUGACAGCAGCUGACGUGAUACAAUGUGACAAAAAGGAAAGAAACCUGCCUCCGCAGUGUAUGUUGUGUCCUUCAAUCAGGACACAAUUUUCGUUGCAAGAAGUUAUAGACUUUAUUCAUGAGGGCUGCAUAUUUUUUUUUCUUAUUUAUUGUUUUUUUUUCUUCUCUGUGCUUGUAUGAAAAUCAAAUGAACUCAAAUUUUAAUGUAACUGAAUCAGGGUUCAUGUUGAGUUUUUGAAUAGGUUAUGUCUUGUCAGCUUAUAAAAAUAAAUGUAAUGCAGAAUUUCUAUGAUGGCUCCAGCAUGCAUGUACACAUGCAACCAUAGAUUUAACCGAUAAUUUUCAACUUUUUAUACCAAAAUCAUUUUAUAGAAUAAUCAUAUUUGCAAUAACCUUAAACCUUGGCUUAUUUGAAGUGCCUUUUCAUGUUUUUAAACAUGUUGCAUGUCUCAGGAGACAUUUAGCUCAAGAAAGAAAAAAAACCACUUUUGAAGGAAUGGUAAUGCUGCUUUAUGAGCACACAUUGUUGAUAUUGUGUUAUUAAAAUAGUUUUUUGAUAUGAUUUAGUCUGUCAAAUGUUUGCAAUUUUCUCUAAUGAAAUGCAUUCAGUGCUUUCUAAAAAACCUUCCAGCAGUUUAUUUUUGUGCACUGUAAUGGAUUUGUUUUCUAUUAAUAUCUCUUAUUAUGAGACUAUGCUUGCCACUGUUUUAGGUCCUGUAUCAUCAAGUGGGAAUCCUUAGCUUUUCUAUGAUAUCAGAUGUAAAUAUUAAUAUAUGAUUGAUAUUUUUUCUUCUUUUUCAAGAUCCAGACCGGCACAGAUAAAUGUUAUGUUUCUUCUUUUUUAAGUGAUGGCUGUUUUUGUGUUGAAUCAUGCAUAACUCCAUGUAAUAAGGCAGCACAAUACAGCGAGAGGAAAAAUAA